CUUGAUGUCCUUAAGGUCAACAAAGAAGGAAGCCCCAUCCCUGCAGAAGCAGGAACUAGAGUCCACCCAGGAUGACAUCUGUUAGUGAAAACACGGAGGCCCAAGAUGAGAGACCCCAGAUUUCUAGACCUUCAGAUUUCAAAUCCCUGAUUACUACUACCUCAGCUUCCCAGCUCUUAAAGUCUGAUUUGAUUACUGAGGAACCGAUGUCAGAGGAACAGAAGUUUGACACUGUGUCAUCAUACAUUUGGUCUGAUGAAGAUAAUGAUGAAAUACUGGAGACCAUACACAAUGAUGAGCCAAAGGAGGAAGCCCCCACUGGCCGACCAUCAUGGGCCAAUAAAACUGAGUACCUCCUGGCCCAGGUGGGGUUUUCUGUGGGACUGAGUACCAUCUGGCGCUUUCCUUAUCUGUGUUUUCACAACGGAGGUGGCAGUUUUCUCAUCAUCUACAUGCUCAUGCUGUUCUUGGUCGGGGUUCCUCUUCUAUUCCUGGAGAUGGCAGCUGGUCAGAGGAUGCGUCAGGGCAGCAUUGGUGUAUGGAAGGUCAUCAGCCCCUGGAUUGGUGGUGUGGGGUACACCAGCUUCAUGGUGUGCUGCAUCGUGGGUUUGUACUACAGUGUGCUCAUGGCUUGGAGUCUCUUCUAUUUGGUUCAGUCUUUCCAGUCUCCACUGCCUUGGUCAAUGUGCCCCUUACUGAGGAACUCCAGUGAUUUUGAUCCUGAAUGUGAGCGGACAGCACCCACCACAUACUUUUGGUACCGGAAUGUACUGAAGGCCACAGAUGAAAUUGAAAUAGGUGGACUACCAGUUAUGCAUCUCAGUGUCUCUCUCUUUAUGACAUGGUUAAUUAUCUGCAUCUCCAUGAUCAAAGGACCCAAGUCCACUGGGACGAUGCUGUAUGUGUCAGUACUCCUUCCGUACUUCAUCCUUUUCUGUCUCCUUAUCCGGAGUCUCAUGCUGGAAGGCGCACAUUUUGGUCUCAAGAAUCUGUUGGCUGCCAAGGUACCAGCCCUGUACUCUGUGCAAGUGUGGCGCCGGACAGGGAACCAGCUCUUUUUAUCCAUGGGCCCUGGCUUUGGCAGCUUCACUGCAAUCAGCUCAUACAUCCCUCGGUCCAACAACUGUGUCAUGGAUGCCUUUGUUGUGGCUCUUCUCAACUUGACGGCCUCACUGACUGCCACGGUGUUUGUAUUUGCCAUAAUGGGCCACUUGGCCACAGAGAACAAUGAAAAAUGUUACCUGAGGAAUGCUGAGACUGUGCUGUAUCUGAUAGCUUCUGGGGUGCUGCCUGCCGAGGCCCACCCCCCAGACAGUAUGUAUCAUGAUCCAAGCUCCAUCUACUCCACGUGGCUCAAGAGCCUCCCUAAACAAACCAAAGACACAGUCCUACCCUAUAUGACCAAUUGCAACAUAGCUCAUGAAUUGAAGGAGGUUAUGGAGGGUCCCGGUGUGGCCAUUGUGGCAUUUACCAAUAUCACCUCUGUGUUUUCUGGAUCCACCUUCUGGGCCAUCAUCAUCUUCGUGUUGCUGGCAAGCCUGGGGCUGAGCACCAUGAUCGGGAUCAUGCAGGGCAUUGUUACCCCUCUCCAGGACACUUUCUCUUCCCUCAGGAAAUAUACAAAUCUGCUCACAGUGGGCGUCUGUGUGCCUAUGUACCUGGGCAGCCUCAUUUUCGUGACGUCUUCGGGUAGCUACUAUGUGAACCUGCUGGAUGAUUACUGGUCAAAUGAGGUGAUCCGAAUUUAUCCAUCAUGGGCUAAGGUCUUGCUCAUCAUCCUCAUCAUCAUUACCAUCUUGCCUGUCCCUGCCUACUUCUUGUACACACUCAUUGGUGUGGAUUUCACGGUCUCCAUGAUUCACAGUGGGACCACGGUUAUCUUCAAACCUGAAGCUAAAGGGAACUCACCGAAGUCCCAACCAUGGCUUCAGCUCACAGGCAAGGAGAUUCUGGCCACCAAGACCCAAAAUUACUUUGCUCAGACUAAAAGAACUAAGAACAUCUUGAUUCAGGUUGCCCUCUCCAUUGGGCUAAGCAGCAUAUGGCGUUUCCCCUACCUGUGUCAUCGGAACGGAGGAGGCAGCUUUAUCCUGAUGUACUUCUUCAUGCUCCUCUUGUUCGGGAUUCCCCUCUUGUACAUGGAGAUGAUCAUGGGGCAUUGGCUGCGUGUGGACAACAUCCGGGUCUGGAAGCAGCUCAUCCCCUGGCUGGGCGGCAUAGGAUAUGCUAGCAUAUUGGUGUGCAUCUUGAUGAGCUUGUAUAACAGCAUCAUCAUCACCUGGAGCCUUUCCUACCUGGGCAACUCCUUUGAUAACUCCCUGCCCUGGAACCAGUGCCCACUGGUGAAGACCAUCAAUGUCACUGACCUCUCUUGCCUUCAGACUGUGUCCCACCAGUACUUCUGGUACCACACCACCCUGAGUGCCUCGGGCCACAUUGAAGAAGGGGUCGAGGCCCUUGUCCUGCACCUCACCCUGGGCGUCUUCGCAGCCUGGUGCCUCCUCUUCUUAACCAUGAUCACAGGGCUGAAUACUUCAAUGCCGGCUGGAGAAGACAACUAUAUCCAGAUGGCCUCCUUGGUGGUCCUCGUCAACCUGGGGACCUCAUUGCUGGUCACAUCCAUCAUCUUUAUAGUGCUGGGGUUCUGGGCCACUACCAGUGGUCCCACCUGUGUUGAGAUGAGCGUCGCAAAGCUGAUGAAACUGAUAAAAAAGGGCGUGCUGCCUCAGGAUGCCAAGCCGCCAGAGGACAUCCUCCUCUUGCCCGCCCUGGACUAUCUAGAGUGGAUCAGCCAUCUCCCUCAACACCUCCAGUACCAGGUCAUCCACUCCACCCCGUCCUGCAGCAUCAAGACACAGAAGGAAAAGGUCAUGGAGGGCCCCGGCCUGGCAUUCGCAGCCUUCUCCCAAGCCGUCGCGUUGUUCCCUGGUUCCCGCUUCUGGGCCGUCCUCUUCUUCUUGGCCCUGGUCAUCGUGGGGCUGAACACCUUGAUAAGGAUCUUGGAAGGCAUUGUCUACCCCCUCCAGAACUCCAUCUCCAUCUUCAGGAGGCAUCCCAAGCUGCUGUCCGACCUCAGUGUGGCCAAACCCGCCUUUGCCACAGCGCUCGUCUGCUUGGGAGGUUUUCUGGGCAGCCUCGUCUUCACCGGUCAUUCUGGCAGCUACAUAAUGUCCUUGUUUGAUGACUGCCUGGUCCCGCUGAUCCUUACCAUCAUUGUGGCCUUCCAGAAUGUGGCCCUGGCCUGGAUCUACGGAGCUAGGAGGGUCAGAGAAGAAAUAUUCGGUGAUCUGGGCCGCCUGCUGUGGUCCUUCUUCACUGUCCUGUGGUGCUACGUGACCCUGCCCGGGCUGCUGGCCCUGACCACCAUCUGCCUCAUGCAGCUCUACCAGACAGAACCCCCCUACUACAUUGCCUGGAACAGCAGUAUGCCAGCUUCCCAGUCCCUGAGGAACCUGAUCCCCAGCAUCACGUGGAUUGAAAUCCCCUCACCGCCACCUCCUCCCAUCCUGCUCCCUUCUCUCUGCCUCAAGAGCCAGGAGGUAAAACAGCCCUACCUGCAGAGCACCCUGGGCUGGGUCACCUUCCUCAGCAUGCUCACCUUCCUGCCGAUCCCAGUCUACCCACUUCAACACUGGUGGUACCUCCAGGACCACAUUGCUUCCGAUCCCUUUGGAAAGCUACAGUCCAAAAAGAUGCCCUUGGUGCCCCCCAAGCCCUUACAGUUGCCUAAGCGCCACGUGAAGUCCCAGGAGGGAAACAGUGAAAGCUCCUCCAAGAAGCUCAGCCUGCCCUUGAUUAGGGGGCUGAACCUGAACCCAUGGCAGUUCAGCCUGUCCUUGAGUAGGAACAGCCAGAGCUCUUCCUGGUUCAGCCUUCCUGUCAUUACCUCCGUGACAUCCAUAUCGUCUGUAAGGAGUGUCAGCCUACCAAUCUCAAGGCAGGUGAGCCCGGCCUCAACAGCCAUAGACAACAGUGACCAGCACACAGAGACCAAAGAAGAAGAGCGGCACGAGAACUCUGUUCAGUAA